GCGAUAACGCCUUCAUAGCAACUAUCAAUAAUCAUCUUGAACUGCAGUGAAUAAAAUCUGUUUAUUUAAUUAUUAUAGUUAAUAAUUAUGUCUCACUUUGCUACACCUUUUAUAGUUAUAAAUUUAGGUUGUGAAAUGAUCUAUGUGAUUGAUCAAAGAUUAAAAACUCAAAAGGUACCCCUGGAUAAAUCUGAAAGAGUACUUACAGAUAUUCUGAACGUGUUACUACAUCCUAAACUCUUGGAUGAGCUAUUUAUACCUCAACCGGCGGCAACGCACACUGUGAUUAAGCGGCUACUUCAGGAUAUAUCUGCCACAUCCAUUAUGAAACUGGACGAUUACUCCAUGAGUAAAUUGUGGGAUCUCAUGACCAUGAUAUUCAAAUGGCAAAUAUCUGUAGCAACAAAUCAAAACAUUUUUGACAUAACCCGGCAACAUUUACGUGGUGUAGCUAUACUUAUGCCACAAUACUUUUCGAAAGAUAUUUUUGAAAAUUCCCAAAAAAAAUUUGAUAUCUUAGCACAAAAGUUUACAGACGAUGACUAUAAUUGUUUAUGCACUGCUUUAAUAAUCUGGUUUUCAGAAUACCACGCUAAAAUUUCAGUUCUUAUGAGAUUAGGUUUACAGAAAAAAGAUGGCACAUUUUCCCUUCCAUAUACAAUAAAUGCCAAUAUUCUAAAGAAAUUAGGUGAAAACAUAUAUAAAUAUGAUAACGCUAAAAAAACUGAAGAUGAAUAUAAAAACUAUAGUCUCGAUACCGGCGAAAUAAAUUGUCUUUUAGCGUCAAUUGAUAAUGUCUUUAGUACAUCUAACGUUAUUAAAUUAAAAUUGCCAUUCGAGUUUGAUAAUGAGAAAAAUGAGAACAAAAUAUUAAAAAUAGAUACAAAAACUGAAUAUAAAAAUAUAACAGCAACCUUAAAGAAUAAAAAUAAGAGCAGCGAUCUUACAUACACAGCAAAUGUAUUGAAAUCGCCCCAAGAGGACCUGUUAGAAAUGCUUAAUGAGUAACUAUAAAAAUAAUAUUAAAUUAGUGCACGCCUAUGUAUGUUUCUUACACUAAAAUAUAUUAAAUUAUGCCUUAAA